AUGGAAAAGGUUCAGGGUAAGGAAUUGGAACAUACUUGGUAUACGAUGACGGCAAAAGAGAGAAUGGCUGUCGUGGAGAAGAUUGUCGACAUAGAGAGGAUGCUAUUUGCGAUACGAUUUCCUGCCAGUGGCAGCAUAUACUUUAAAGACUCUGUGGGUACCCGAACCACUACAAUUGACCUGCCCUUGGCUGUCAAUCGUGGCAAAACGGAUAGGUUUUGCAUUGGGCCUUCCACUGAAUUCCUUUGGUGGUAUCAAAGGCGAGACGAACUGGCCGUCAAUCGAGGACCUUGGGAAACGCCCAAGGAGCUGUUGGAGGCAGUUGGUCAUAGAGAAUUGGCCUGGUUGCAAAAGUUCGGCAAGGAACGUUUCCCCCGUGAACCGCUCUAUAGAGAAUUCUACGGUCAUCAAGAAGUCGACCCGCAGGUGCAAGUAGACAGCUUAAGGGAUUACCUCAAGGUUGCUCCACACAUUAUUCCCGAAAAUCCGGAGUUAUGUCAACCAACGAUCCGUCACCCAGAUCUCUCACCUAACAACAUCUUCGUCUCUGAAUCUGGCGAUAUUACUGGAGUGAUCGACUGGCAACACAGCACCAUACUUCCGAUGUUCCUGCAAGCCAAGAUUCCCAAGCAUUUUCAAAACUAUGGAGAUGACGACUCGGAGAAUUUCCGACGUCCAGAGCUGCCUACGAAUUUCGACUUCUUGGAGGAGAGCGAGAAGGCAAAUGAGUUGGAGCUCUAUCGCCGACGACAGCUCCACUAUUUCUACCUGGGAUUUACCAGUACUAACAACAAGCCCCAUUUUCAUGCAAUGGGAAAACAUGACCUCAUUGUACGAAACCGACUCUAUGACACUGCUGGCAGACCGUGGGAAGGCGACAACACAUCACUCAAAGCGGAACUAGUACAAACAUCGACUUACUGGCCCGAUAUUGCUACUUCAGCAAUGAAAGAAGCUAACUUUCCCGUCAAAUAUCCUGACGCAGAUCAAUUGCGCGACUUCAUUGGAGUCAACAUUGACGGAUGGGUGCCGACGGAAUCCUACGAAGAGGCGAGGGAGAAAGAACGAUAUAUCAAACAGCAAAUGCUGGAAGCUGCGGAGACGGAGGACGAGCGGAAGGAGUUAGACGAACAUUGGCCCUUCCAGGAUCACGAAGAGUUGGAUUAA